AUGUUGACAAGAGCCACUUCUUCGCUAGUCACAUCCAGCCAUGGAGCCAGCAGGAGGCCCCUGGUGCACUGCCAGGGCAGGGCUGCUACCUGUGUGAUCUUCGCCCGCGUUUCCUCUGGCAGUGGCCCCAACCCCAACAACAGAGCAAGUGAACGUAGCAGCACCCAGCAGGGUGGCGGCCGCGGCACGGGGCAGGGACGGGGCGGUGCGGGGCGCGGCGGCGGCGGUGGGGGGCGCGGUGGCAGCAGGAGUGGGCGCGCCGGCAUCGGCCUGCGGCGGCUUGCCGGGAUUGACACCCUCCCGUCCGGCUUCACAUUCGGUGUUGAGCUGGAGCUGGUGUUCCCCGCCAGUGUGGCGCUCACCGACGUGCAGGAGCGCCUGGCCGGCGUCACCUUCGGCGGCCAGCCUUGGCGGCUGAAGAACGACGGCAGCAUCCGCUGCACCCGCCUUGACGACGGCUGUGCUAAGGGGGAGGUGGUGUCUCCCAUCCUGUGGGGCAUCGACGGCAUGUCCAGUGUGUUUGAGGCCAUGGCGGCGCUCAAGCCGCUGCGGCCUUCUGUUAACACGUCCACGGGCAUGCAUGUGCAUGUCAAGGCCCCCGGCGCGUGGUCCCUGGCCGCGCUCAAGACGCUCGCGCGCAAUGCCGUCGUGCUGGAGGGCGGCCUGGACGCAGUCAACGUGCACUCGCGGCGGGCGAACAACAACUCAUACUGCAAGAGCGUGCGGGGCGGCACACGCGAGGCGCGUGUGAGCUUGCAGGGGUUCCGGCCCGUGCUCAACUCCAUACAGGCGGCUGACACAGUGGAGAGCUUGGUCUCCGCUGUCAACCCAGGGGACAGGUACUACAAGGUCAACUUCCAUGCGUUGAGCCGCCAUGGCACGGUGGAGUUCCGCUUCCCACCCGGCUCCCAGAACGCGGCCAAGAUUGUGGGCUACGUGCUGCUCUGCCUGCGCAUCGCAGAGCGCUCCGUGGAGUCCCACCGCGCGCGCAUCGCUCAGUCGGGCGCUGCAUUCGAGAACCUCGCGCGCUUUGCGGGCGCCCGCGACAGCGAGCUGGCGGACUGGCUGCGCCGCCGGCGCGAAGAGCUGGGCGGCGGCCGCAGCAGCGGGGCCGGCGGCGGCUGCGGCUGCGGCGGCGCUGCGCCCGGCCGUGGUGGCGGCUGUGGCUGCGGGGGGCCCGUGCGUGUGUCAGUGUCGCGCUGA